AUCUUGGUCCCUCUAUCCAUGCUUGUCUCUCACUCUUUUGUUGCCUCAUCAUCUCUUCUACUCUCUCUCUCUCCUCACCUGUCCCCCCAUUAAUGUGUAAUUAAAGCUGAUAAAAUUGGGCUGAUAACAUAACUUUGAUUACAGAGCCAGUGUCACUCUACAGUAUACUUUACAGCAAAGUACAAUAUUGACUCACUUAAACACAACUUAUCUUACAUGGAUCUUAUUUACCCAGCAUGCAACAUGUUCUGGGCAGGAACAGUUAAGGGACAGGGUGACCUUAGCUAUGGUUUUACUUACUUCUUUUUAAAUACAGGAUAAUAAAUAAUAAUAAAAUUAUUAUGGGAUUCAAGUAAUGCUUUUUAAAAUUGAAGUUUGUUACCAUGUAGUGGAGUGAUUUACCUUAGUUAUAGUAAGAAGGCUGUAUGUGUUUUGGGUAGGAUUGUUCUUAUAGGCAAUAUUACUAAUUAAUUAUAUUUUAUAAUACAUUCACUAUCUGCAAGUGUAUCUACAACAGUGCACCUUUUUUAACCUCUACAAGUGUAAUGGUCAUGAGAGGUUGUUAAUAUGUAGAGGGCAUGGUAAAGAGAGCUUCUGACGCAUGUCUGAUAUAAUGACCCUCAACAGCCUAGCACAGGUUACUGCUGGCCUUGAAUGCCACUGACUGUGUUCUUGAUAUUCUUCAUCAACCACUUAGGUCUUAUUUUUAAUAAAUGUUUGUACAUAAAAAGUAAAUAAAUAAAUACUGUGUCUCAGUUUCAGUAUUGUUAACUGAUCAGAGGAAUGUUGACGGUGCUGGGACAUUUUGUUUGAGUGUGACUAAGGCGGCCUAGUAAGUUAAAAUAUAAUAGACUGUCGUACUGUUUUGCAACUUUUGAAGUUUCUUUCCUUUCUUUCUUCACUGCCUUCCUGUCAUCCUACUCUACUACCUUUUUUGCAGAAGGCUGUGUUUUUAUUACUCUAACAAUGGUUCUCAGUGAAGUGCUACAGCCCUAAAAUGUACAGGCGUUAAUUGCAUCAACCUUGCAAAUUAGUACAUAAUUUAGAACCACAGCUCAUACAGUAAACCCUGCACAAGUUUAUUACUCAACCUGUACAGCACAUCAAAUUUAAAAAUGUAUGUGCUAUAACCACACAUAAUAAAACAUAGCGUUAUGGGACUUGGUUCAAGUUUUGUAGGAGGGUGCUUUUUAUGUGCUAGUAAAAAAAUCAUCUCUCUAGAAUAGUAGUAGUAGUAACAGAUGAGAUUUUUUGUGAGUUAGGAUGGUGGAAAACACCUGCUAGGCAUCACACUCAGACUAAAUGACAAAUGAGGUGCACACACCUGCAGAGAGGAGUGUAUUAAUCACAUGUGGUGGUAGUGUGGGGUAGAAGCUGUAGACAGAUGAGGAGAUGGGUGAAGACAGAAGGAAAGUGUGGUCAUAGCCAGUCACUGUACCACUUAGCCUGAAGGAGAAGGAGGAGGAGGAAAACCAACUUCAGAGGACAUGCUGACACCAUUAACUUGCCUCUGUGGCUGAUGCUAUCUGGUAUAGCCCUGCUGAUUAGCCGGUAUUGGCAUCAGGUGUGACUGCUAAUUAACUCCAGCUGCAGGCAAUUUUCUCCUUAAUUGUCUUCUUCCAUUGUAUUUGGCUUUGUGGUUCUGUAGGACAUCCCUGGCGGCGCAGCUGUCAGGCUGUAGAUUGUGCAUGCAGGAGUUUGAGUUCUUCUGUCUCCUUGUGGCCCUACGAUGGAUUGGCGACCUGUCCAGGGUGUACCCCGCCUUUUGCCCGAUGUCAGCUGGGAUUGGCUUCAGCCCCCAGCGAUCCUGUAUGAAGGAUAAGCAGUUGACGAUGGAUGGAUGUCUUCUUGUGAUUCUCAGUUCAUGCUUACUACAUCAAGGCAAUAAAUUCCUUUCAGACCUCCAGAAUGGCUUGGUGGCCAAUAGGAGGCUGUAGUUGUGUAGUGCUGCAUUUGGUGUAAUCUGAUGCAGUGCAAUGGCAGGAAUGACUUUGAUGUUAACCUUCACUGUUCCUCUGCUCUUUACUCCAGUCACUUUAUCAGGAUAAAGAACGUGCUGAGGGCAGAUAAGAGAUACCAGAGAAACACUGUGUGUGUGUGUGUGUGUGUGUGUGUGUGUGUGUGUGUGUGUGAGACCUGGCUAGGGGUGACAUUGUUACUACCAUUUUACGCAGGAAGUCGUAUUAAAGUGCAUGUGUGUUCAAAGGUGUUUAUGCGCAUGUGUAUCUUAAUAGGGGAGUUGUUGUGUAUAAAAGGCUUUUCCAAAAAAAUCUCUCCUGUUUCUGACCAUUGUGUUUGUGUGUGCGUGUAUGUGUGAGAGAGGGAGAAACAGGGUGUGUGUUGGGACUGGACCCUAACUUAAAGCCAAGAUUUCGGGGGCGAAGAAGGAUCGAGUGGUCUGGACCUCCAUUGAUUUAGGAGAGCAGUCCCCUAUCACACCUGCAACCAUGAGUAAACCGGACACAUACGACAUGUUUGAGAUGGAUGGAGAGAUGGACAAGAAGAAGAAGAAGAAGAUGAAGAAGAAGGAGAAACUGGAGGGCAUGAAGAAAGAAAUGGAUAUAGACGACCACGAGAUUACAAUUGAAGAACUAGAAAUGAGGUACAACACUAGUGUUACCAAGGGUUUGACCACUGCCUAUGCUAAUCAGAUCUUGGAGAGAGACGGUCCCAAUGAACUGAAGCCUCCUAAAGGAACUCCAGAGUAUGUGAAGUUUGCCAGGCAGCUGGCUGGAGGGCUGCAGUGUCUGAUGUGGGUUGCAGCCUGCAUCUGCUUCAUCGCCUUUGGAAUUGAACUUGCGAGGGGGAACCUCACCAGCUUUGACAAUCUGUACUUGGCUAUCACCCUAAUUGCUGUUGUCGUGGUUACUGGCUGCUUUGGCUACUACCAAGAAUUCAAGAGUACCAACAUCAUUGCGAGCUUCAAGAAUUUAGUGCCACAGCAAGCCGUUGUGAUACGUGAUGGCCAGAAAAACCAGAUCAACGCCAACCAAUUGGUGGUGGGGGAUUUGGUGGAGAUCAAAGGAGGAGACCGAGUCCCUGCUGACAUUCGUAUCAUCAGUCAGAGCUGCAAGGUGGACAACUCAUCGUUGACAGGAGAGUCUGAACCCCAAACCAGGAGUCCAGAAUGCACUCAUGAGAAUCCACUGGAGACCAGAAACAUUGCUUUCUUCUCUACAACCUGUCUGGAAGGUGUUGCUACUGGUGUGAUCAUUAACACGGGUGAUCGUACCAUCAUCGGUCGGAUUGCCACCUUGGCAAGUGGCGUUGGCAAUGAGAAGACACCCAUUGCCAUAGAAAUUGAGCAUUUUGUUGACAUCAUUGCUGGUCUUGCAAUCUUUUUCGGCUUUACCUUCUUUGUGGUUGCCAUGUUCAUCGGAUAUGCCUUCCUGGAAGCUAUGAUAUUCUUCAUGGCUAUCGUGGUGGCUUAUGUGCCAGAGGGGCUGCUUGCUACAGUUACUGUAUGUCUGUCUCUGACUGCUAAACGACUUGCCAGGAAGAACUGUGUUGUGAAGAACCUGGAGGCUGUGGAGACAUUGGGGUCCACUUCAGUGAUCUGUUCUGAUAAGACUGGUACCCUGACCCAGAACAGGAUGACUGUGGCUCACCUUUGGUUCGACAACCAGAUCCACGCUGCAGAUACCACUGAAGAUCAAUCAGGCCACAGUUUUGACCAGUCAUCAGAAACAUGGCGUUCACUAGCGAGAGUGGCUUCCCUGUGUAACAGAGCUACAUUCAAACCUGAUCAGGAAGGUGUACCUAUUCCUAAGAGGAUCGUGGUGGGAGAUGCGUCAGAGACGGCUCUGCUAAAGUUCACAGAGCUCACUGUAGGGAACAUCAUGGACUACCGUAAUCGCUUCAAGAAAGUGGUGGAAGUGCCCUUCAACUCUACCAACAAGUUCCAGCUAUCUAUCCAUGAACUGGAGGAUCCUCUGGACCUACGCUACCUGUUGGUGAUGAAGGGAGCGCCGGAACGCAUCUUAGAGCGCUGCUCCACCAUUUUGAUAAAAGGCCAGGAGUUGCCUCUGGAUGAGCAGUGGAGCGAGGCCUUUCAGACAGCCUAUAUGGACCUGGGAGGACUGGGAGAGAGAGUAUUGGGUUUCUGCCAUCUCUAUCUGAAUGAGAAAGAGUUUCCUCGUGGCUUUCGAUUUGACAGUGAAGAUAUGAACUUCCCUACGUCAGGACUGUGCUUUGCCGGUCUCAUCUCAAUGAUUGACCCCCCAAGAGCCACUGUACCUGAUGCAGUGAUGAAAUGUCGUACUGCUGGUAUCAGGGUUGUCAUGGUGACUGGGGACCAUCCAAUUACAGCAAGGGCAAUAGCAGCUAAUGUUGGUAUCAUCUCAGAAGGCAGUGAAACAGUGGAAGAUAUUGCCCAGAGGAAGCGCAUACCUGUCGAACAAGUGAACAAAAGGGACGCCCGUGCUUGCGUGAUCAGCGGAGGUCAGCUGAAAGACAUGAGCAGCGACGAGUUAGAUGACGCGCUACGGAACCAUCCUGAGAUGGUGUUUGCAAGAACAUCCCCUCAGCAGAAAUUGAUCAUUGUGGAGAGUUGUCAACGUCUGGGCUCUAUCGUUGCUGUGACAGGUGAUGGUGUGAACGACUCUCCGGCUCUUAAGAAGGCUGAUAUCGGUGUCGCUAUGGGGAUUGCCGGGUCAGAUGCUGCCAAGAACGCUGCAGACAUGAUCCUGUUGGACGACAACUUUGCUUCUAUUGUCACUGGAGUGGAGCAGGGUCGUCUUAUCUUUGACAACCUGAAGAAGUCUAUUGCCUACACACUAACCAAGAACAUUCCUGAGCUGACUCCAUAUCUGAUCUACAUCACUGUCAGCGUGCCUCUUCCUCUGGGCUGCAUCACUAUUCUCUUCAUCGAACUGGCCACUGACAUUUUCCCCUCCGUCUCUCUAGCUUACGAGAAAGCAGAGAGUGACAUCAUGCAUCUGAAGCCCAGGAACCCUCGUCGUCAUCGUCUGGUAAACGAAGCCCUGGCUGUAUACUCGUACUUCCAGAUAGGAGCCAUCCAGUCUUUUGCAGGAUUUACAGAUUAUUUCACAGCCAUGGCCCAGGAGGGCUGGUUUCCCCUCCUGUGUGUCGGCCUGCGUUCUCAGUGGGAGGAUGUUCAUCUUCAAGAUUUACAGGACAGCUAUGGACAAGAAUGGACCUUCAGUCAGAGGUUGUACCAGGAGUAUACGUGCUACACUGUAUUUUUUGUCAGUAUAGAGAUCUGUCAGAUCUCAGAUGUGCUGAUCAGGAAAACUCGACGUCUCUCUGUGUUCCAGCAAGGCUUCUUCAGGAACCGUGUACUGGUUACUGCCAUAGUCUUCCAGCUGUGCCUGGGUAAUCUGCUUUGUUACUGCCCUGGAAUGCCCAAUAUCUUCAAUUUUAUGCCAAUCAGAGUCCAGUGGUGGUUUGUUCCUGUUCCAUAUGGUAUUUUAAUCUUUGUCUAUGACGAGAUCAGGAAGUUAGGAGUCAGACGGUAUCCAGGAAGUUGGUGGGAUCAGGAAUUAUACUACUAAGACCAGAGAAGCUCUUUCAUUCAUCCAUCUGUCCAUAUGCAUGAAAGCACCACUCAAACAGAAUGCGGCAAACCCAGAGGACCUUACCCAAUUCACCCUACAUCUAUAUUACUUUGAGCUCUAUGUAUUUAUAGCUUUCAAUUUUAACAUUAUAUUAAUAAAGAGUCUGCCUAAAUCAUUUAACAAAGGAAAUAGGUACUAAUCACUAAAAGUCAUAAAUUAAUAAUUCACAAAGAUUUGUUGUUUCAACUGUGACUGAGUUGUAUUUGUACUAAUAAAGAAUUUUUCAGACUGAUGACCUAAAAUCAAUAA